GUGUGGGGAGUCAGCAGCAGCUUCCAACAUGUCCCAAUGGCAACAGAUCCAAAUGCUGGACAAGACUCACAUGGACCAGAUAGACUGCCUCUACUCAGAUGACUGCAUAUCCAUGGAAGCGCGUCAGUAUUUAGCCUACUGGAUCGAGGAGCAGAACUGGAGCCAAGCAGUAGAAUUGGACUCCUCGCAAGCCUGCUAUCUUUUCCAUACCAUGCUGACUUUACUGGACGAUCAGCUUGGACGUCUGGGAUUGGGGGAAGAAAACAAUGCUAACAUGGUACUCAAGCACAACUUACGCCGCUCCAAAUUACACCUACAGAGCAAGUAUCAAGAACAUCCCCAGGAACUAGCCAUUGCCAUUGAUGGUUUGCUGAGGCAGGAGCGAGCAAUUCUGUCUGAAGCCUUUUCCGCCUCUCAGGCAAGUGUGGAAACCCCACGUGAUUCCCCUGUGGUUACCAGCCAUCAGCACAAGAUUGAGGGGCGGCUAAUGGAGAUGCACAAGACAAUUCAGGGUCUGAAAUGUUCGAUUGAUCAACUUGGCGAUCUGCAGGAUAAUUUUGAUUUCUGUUUUCGGACACACACGCAUUUAGAAAGAACCACCCCUGCUAGUGAAUCUAUUCGGUCCAGAAAGCAUAAAAAGUUACAAGACAUGAUAAAUAAGUUGGACCAUUUCCGCAAGGAGAUGCUGGACCAAAUCCAGGAACUUCUUGGACGCUCUGAUACUCUAAGAGGUCUGCUACUGGAUGAGGUAGUAGAAUGGCAAGAUCGCCAACGGUUAGCUUGCAUUGGAGAUACACGUGAUACCAGUUUAGGACAUCUGGAAGAGUGGUUCACGAAGAAUGCUGAGGACCUCUUCCAGUUGCUGCAGCUGUUGAAGAUGCUGGAUGAGAUGUACCAAAAGGUGACCUAUGAGACAGAUCCCUUCAAGGUCCAGUUGCCCCUUCUGGUCCGGCGGCUUCAGGAGCAAAUAAUCUGCCUCUUGAAAAGUGCUUUUGUGGUGGAGGUACAGCCUAAGAUGCCCUAUCCCAGUCAACGUCCACUGGUGCUGAAAGUCAACAACAAGUUCUCUGUCCGUGCCAGAUUACUGGUGAAGCUGCUGGAUCGAAACCACUCAAUGGAGGUGAAGAUUGACAUUGACCGGGAUGCUACUAAUUUGGCAGGGUUCCGGAGGUUCAAUAUUUUGACAUCCAACACCAAAACCUUGAUGAUGGAUAAGCCCCAAAUGGAAGGACUCAUUUGUGAUUUUAAGCACAUUGUAUGGGAAUAUUGUCUGAUGCUGAAAGAGCAGAAAAUCUGUGGUACAGGGAAAGGCAACAAAGGGAUUACUGAGGGACUCUUGUCUGUCACUGAAGAGUUGCACAUUAUCACUUUCACCCUGGACUACUGCUAUCAAAAUCUCAGAUGCCAGCUGCAGACAUCCACCUUGCCAGUGGUGAUUACCUCCAAUAUCAACCAAUUCUCCAGCGCUUGGGCUUCCAUUUUAUGGUUUAUUAUGCUCAGCACCGACACAAAGAACCAGCUGUUUUUCUCCAAACCACCAGUUGCCACCUGGGCCCAGCUUUCCAUUCUGUUGUCCUGUCAGUUCUCAGCAGCCACUGAGCGAGGCCUGGACCCCCAACAGCUCAAGAUGCUGGGAGAAAAACUCUGUGGGCCAGGUGUGAACUCACAGAGUACCAUCACAUGGACCCAGUUUUCAAAGGAAGCGGCUCAUAACUUCCCACAGGACAAUAACGUCAGCUUCUCUUUCUGGACCUGGAUUGAUGGGAUCCUGCUCCUGAUUCAAGAGCAUCUGCUUCCACUCUGGAAGAACAAUCUCGUCAUGGGAUUUGUGAGCCGCAAACGUGAAAAGCACUUGCUGAAGAAGAAAAGAGCGGGCACUUUCCUGCUACGUUUCAGUGAGAGUAUCCUUAACGGUGGCAUCACCUGUACCUGGGUAGAGUUUAACAGUGAUGGUACUCCUGAGAUCCAGUCAGUUGAACCCUACACCAGAAACGAGCUGAAGUCCCUUCCACUGCCUGAUAUCAUCCGAGAUUACCAACUCCUGGCUGAGCAGGUCAUCCCAGAGAAUCCACUCCUCUACCUGUAUCCUGACAUUCCACGGGAUGAAGCUUUUGGUCCUUAUUGCAAGGAACGCCGGGAAGCAAGCAUGAUGGAACAAAGAAAAUAUUUGAACCGCCGCCUGAUCAGAGUCUCCUCUAAGCAACCAGGGGAGACUCAGACGCCAGAUGUGAAUGAAUUGCCUCCUAUAAGCAAUAUGUCGAUAACCGAUGAGCUCCAGGAGAAUCCUGAAUAUAAAUUGGAAGACUUGCUGCUUGCCAAGGAAGAUCCUUUUUUUUCCCAGCCAAAUGAAGGGCAGGAACUGCUACAGGACUCUUCCAACCCCUUUGAGAUGCCACAGCUGAAAGUGGAUGAAUCAGAUUUCCGAUUUCCGUCCCCCAUUGAAAAUACAAGCAGUGGCAAUCUUGGAAGUGAACUUGAGGAUUUAAUAAUGUAUAUGUUAAGGUAGAAGUAUAGGUCUGUAGAUCUGCUCCCUUCAUAUUUUUGUGUAAACCAAUGAAUCCCUAUUAAUUCAGUGAAAAUGCCAAACCAAUUUGAAAACUGGAGCUUCCAGAGUUAUUCUGAAUAUCUGGACAGAGACUGGCUACUGGUGAGGUCCAAUGAAAUGUGGCUGGAUUCAGACAUUGCACUAAGUCUUAAUGUGGUUUGGAUUUUGCCUGAUAAGAUGUGAACUUGUCAGCCAUUGUAGUUUUUAACCCAUGUCUUACAGCUUAGCAUUAUGUGUUAACCCAGUCACUGGAUUUUUCAAUGAAAAGCAAACCAUGACUUAGCAGGAUUAAUUAGGUUUCAGUUGUAAAGUGAGUAUAAAAAGAGCAGAAGACCCACAAGCCAUGAGUGAAUUUGGCCGGCAGCUCUACUAGCCAGCAGGAAUAUAUUCAAAGUGGCUUCUGAGAGAAGACUUACAGAAGAAAUGACAAGAUUCUUUCCCCCAGACAUACAAUUUUCUGCAUGUCCUCCUCCCCCCACCGCCAUUCUUUCUUGCCUAUAAUAGAUAAUCAAGGGCAUCAACUCAUAUAGGAAAAAAAUUGUCUGGUUUCUCUUAGCUUCUCUCCAGAAGAUCUUUGGACAUACGUUUCUCCCAUAAAUUUCCAUUACUUAACCACUUCACAUCUUUUCUUAUAGCUACUUCCUUAUCCAUGCCUGGCCUGGGGCAAACCUAGGGAUGCAGGGUUAGACAACACUCUGGAGUUGUUGAAUACUUUCUUCUAUACCCACACCCACACCCUUGGCCUUGUUGGCUUAGAACUCAUGAAAGCUGAAAUUCACUGACUUCCAAAAGGCUACAUGUUGACCAUUUCUUGGUUAAACUUGGAGCAGUGUGGAGAAAAAGUUAAAUAGCUUUUCAUUGAGUUGAGGGAUUUGCAAAAAGCAUGUUUGGGAGAAGGAAAUACUAUUUAUUAGAGUCCAGAAAAGUAGUGGAAGAAAAGACAACCAGAAAUAUAAAAAUGAUGUGCCUGUUCAGUUAAUUGGAGAAGUUGGGGACAUCUUGAAAUUAAUGGCUCUGUAUCAAGCAAAUUUAUUGGCAGGUUUGUUUGUUUUAAGAAAAAAAUACCACAGCUGCUGCUUGCUAGAAUUAAGGUCAGAGUUGCUAUGAUGACAGCAAUCAAUGGCUAACUAAUAGUGAGCUAAGUGGCUCUCAUUUCUGUAUGCCUUGCCUGCUCAGCUGUACAUUUGUAGAUAAAAAGAUACUACAAAA